AUGCCAAUCUAUCUAUCUAUCUAUCUAUCUAUCUAUCUAUCUAUCUAUCUAUCUAUCUAUCUAUAUCAGUCUCUCCAUAUCUAUCUAUCUAUCUAUCUAUCUAUCUAUCUAUCUAUCUAUCGCGAUCUUUCCAUUAUCUCUCUCUCUCUCUCUCUCUCUCUAUCUAUCUAUCUAUCUAUCUAUCUAUCUAUCUAUUUUUAUGCAAAUCUAUCUGUAUAUAUUUCUAUUUCCUCGUCACCCGUAGACGCCUCAGUUCAACGUAUUGGUCCUAAAAAUUCUUUCUGGCCGUUAUCAACAAAUACAUUUUUAACUCCCCCCCUAACUAUUCGCUACGUUUUUUCUUUCCCAAAUAUAAUUAUUUUCCCGCCACUAGACAUUUGCCUUUUCGUCUUUCUUUCAUUUCCCUCUGUCUUCUUCCGUCUUUUAUUUUCUAAAUAUCAUCUUCUAUUACGAAGCUUUGAUGAUUUUUCUUUUUGUCUCUCUUUCUCUUCUUUAAAUCGUCACGUUUGCCCUUUCUUUCUCUUUUCUCCGCUCUCUGUCAACCGGUUAAUCUUUCUAUUUUCUUUUCUUUCACUUUAUAAUUCUCUUUUACCUUCUAUUUCUCUUCCCUACGUCAUUCACUUCUUAUCUUUCCUUCAUUUCUUUCUGGGCUUUUGGAGUUUUCCGCCAUUUUUUCUUAAUGAAACUAAUUGUUUUUAUCAUACAGCUUUCUUUUUUCAUUUUUUUUUCUUUUUUUUUCAUUUUUCAUUUCUCUUUGUUUUUUUUUUUAUUUUUCUUACUUUAUUCUUUCUUUGUUUUUUACUUUUAGUUUUCUUCUUUGUUAAUUUGAUUUUCUUUCUUUCUUUUUUACUUUCCAUUCCUCUUUUUUUCGUCUUUUUUAAUUUGAUUUUCUUUCUUUCUUUUUUACUUUUCAUUUCUCUUUGUUUUUUCUUUCCUUCUUUUUUAAUUAGAUUUUUUCUUUCUUUUUCACUUUUACUUAAUUUUUUAAUUUGCAUUUUUUCUUUCGUUUUUUCCUUCCUUCCUUUAUUUUAUCAAACAUUCUUUCCUUCAUUAUUUACUUCUUUUCACUUAGCUUUUUUUCCCAUGUUUCCCCUCCCCGCUCGUUCUUUAUUUCCGUUUCCCUUCGUUCUUUUCAUCGUCUUUAUUCGUUUUCCGCCUCUUAACCGAUUUUUGAUGUCGUCCGCUUCAAACAGCAUUUUUAUAUUCACCCGAAACUCUGCUUUUUACUUAAGCAUAGUCUGA